CUCAUCCCUUUAGUCAAUCAUCCAACACUACUAAGCUUUCAAAACCCUUUUCAAUCUUUGCUCAAUAUCUCACAACACCCACUUCCAUCACAAUGAUCAUGGAACCAAAUCCAACAUCAGAUCAUAGUCUAGACUGGUUUGAAGCUUCUGUUUCUUUCUUUCCACUUCCACCAUUCUUGGACGAACCAUAUAACUCUUCUGACAUCCAACUGUGGGAACAAGACAUAAGCAGCCAGUAUCAAACUGAUGCUAAUACCAGUUCCCCUAAUGCCACCAACAUUGCAACUAGCACAACACCCCCUGAGCCUUGUGCUUCUAACAACCUUCCACUCUCUGAUUUGCCCAAGAAAAGAAGUGCCACUACUGAUGAUUCAAGUCUCAGACCACCACAGAACCACCACAAGUACAAGAAAAUCAAGAGCAAAACAAUGAAUAGUGAAGCAGAUAGUGGAGACGCAGAAGGGACAACCACAGUUAGAAAACCUGGUGGGAACAAGAGAGGUACUGCUAAGGGUGUGGCAAAUAACUGCAACAACAAGGAAGGAAGGUGGGCUGAACAGUUGCUCAAUCCUUGUGCUGCAGCCAUAACUGGUGGAAAUCUGAGCCGCGUGCAACACCUCUUGUAUGUUCUCCAUGAGUUAGCAUCACCUACGGGUGAUGCUAACCACAGGCUUGCAGCACAUGGUCUUAAAGCACUCACACUCCACUUAUCGUCUUCUCUAGCAUCUACCUCUUCAGGGUCCAUGACUUUUGCAUCUACUGAGCCACGGUUCUUGCAGAAGACACUACUCAAGUUCUAUGAGGUUAGUCCUUGGUUUUCUUUUCCAAACAACAUAGCAAAUGCUUCCAUCCUUCAAGUUCUUGGGGAAGACAAUGACAAUUCACGCACCCUUCACAUCCUUGACAUUGGAGCCUCUCAUGGCAUGCAAUGGCCAACGUUUCUAGAGGCCUUGAGUCGCAGACCUGGUGGACCUCCUCCACUGGUUCGCCUCACUGUUGUCACUGCUUCUUCCAGUGAAAUUGACACCCCAUUUUCUAUUGGUCCUCCCGGUGACAACUUCUCAUCUAGACUCCUUGGUUUUGCUCAGUUAAUGAACGUGAAUUUGCAGAUUAAAAGGCUAGAUAAUUGUCCGUUGCAUACACUGAGUGCUCAAAGUGUUGACACCUCCCCAGAUGAAAUCUUUGUUGUUUGUGCACAGUUUAGGUUGCAUCAGUUAAGUCACAAUAGCACUGAUGAAAAGAGUGAAAAGAGUGAGUUUUUGAAAGUGCUGAGGAACAUGGAGCCCAAAGGGGUGAUACUGAGUGAUAACAACAUGGAAUGUUGCUGCAAUUGUUGUGGGGAUUUUGCUACCGGGUUCUCUCGAAGGGUGGAGUACUUGUGGAGGUUUUUGGACUCAACAAGCUCAGCGUUUAAGGGUCGUGACAGUGAUGAAAGGAGAGUGAUGGAAGGUGAGGCGGCAAAGGCAUUGACAAACCAGCGAGAGAUGAAUGAAGGGAAGGAAAAAUGGUGUGAGAGAAUGAAAGAGGCCGGGUUUGUGGGGGAAGUACUUGGUGAGGAUGCAAUAGAUGGAGGUAGAGCUUUGCUGAGAAAAUAUGAUAGUAAUUGGGAGAUGAAAGUUGAAGAUGAUAAUAGAAGUGUAGGACUAUGGUGGAAGGGGCAACCUGUUUCUUUCUGCUCCUUGUGGAAGCUGGAUGGGAAUGAUCAGAGCUCAACAUUCACGUCAUGAUGAUUCAUGACUUAGAAUUCAAUACAAGUUUGUAUCAAACAGGUUCUAGAGAGGAAAAGAUUUUCCACUGCUAAUUUUCUCCACCAUGUAAAAUUCUUGAUUGUAUAACUUUUGUAACACAAAGAAGGAUGCAAAUUAUUUUGUCAGUGCUUUUCAAUGACUGGUAACUGUCAAGAAGAUAGUGCUGUUUCAGAGUUUCCCAUCUGUUGUUUGUUCUUCAGUUAUAAAUCUGAAGUUAGAUCUAGAUCAUAAGCCAAAAAA